AUGGCCACGCUUUACGACUAUAUCGCCGCCAUGGCGGGUGCAAUCGCGUCGCAGAAGUCGGCGCUAUUCACAGGGCUCCUAACCAUCAAUCCGGGCGCCGAGAAGGGCCCGCAAAGAGCCGCCUUCAGUGACCCCAGUGAUAUCGAUCUCUAUGUGUUGCCAGAGAAGUUCCAUGCGGUGGUGCGGGCCUAUCUCAAGGCCAUGAGGUCGAUCUAUGUUGCGAGUGACCUCAAGACGUCGUUCGUGCACUUGAACGAGUUGUUGGUGUGUUUGAAUCGGGCCGCCGAGUCUCAGACCAAUUGGAUCUGUCCGGCGCUUAUAAAUUGCAGCGACGAGCUCAUUUCCGUGUACCAGGUGCGCGAGAAGCAGUUUCCGCACGAAAGUUCCGAUGUUGGCGGUGUAGACGGCUCGCAGGAGUCGCCGUUGGAGGUGGUGGCUUCGACCAUCAAUAAGGCAUUCAAGGUGUGUCUCACCGAUAAACUGUUGGAGCCUAAGCUCUCCAAGAAACAGAGCAUUCAUUUUUUCCUUGCCGCGCUCCUCAAGCUCUACUUCAAGUUGGAUAAGUUGGAGUUGGCCAAAUCCGUCGAGAAGGCGCUCGCGGCCACGGGCCACGCCUCGCCAACGCCGCAAAACACCCAGGUCCAGUAUCGCAAGUAUGCGGUGACGUACUUGUACUAUAGCGCGCUUCUUUCGCUCAACGACUCUGAUUUUGGUGCCGCAGAGAACAAGCUAGAUACGGCCAUGGUGUUCUUGAGGUGCUACAAAAAGCCGGCGGUGGUGGCCAAGCAGACGGAGCGCAUCUUGAUGUUGUUGGUGCCGUUGAAGAUGAGGAGUUCGCGCGUGUCGUUGGCGCGCAGGGAGUGGAAGAAGUAUCCGUCAUUGAAGCUCGUAUACCACGACCAUCUCUGGCCCGCGGUCCGUUCGGGCAACGUGCAGCAGUUCGAUUUCUGGACGGCGAAGCUUCUGAAGGUGUUUCUCAAGCGCUACAUCUACGUGCUCAUGCUCAAUCUCCGCAACUUGUGUAUCCUUCGGUUGUUUGAACACACCCACCGCUUGUUCGGUGGUUUGGAGAGUAAAACGCCGCACAUUGUGCCUUUUACUGUGUUCCAGCGUGCGCUCAGCCAGUCGCGCGCCGAGAGUGUUGAGAGCGUGGACUUGGGCGAGAUCGAGUGUCUUCUCGCCAACUAUAUCCACAAACGGCAGAUCAAGGGCUACCUUUCGCACGGCAACGGAUGCAUUGUUUUUUCCAAGACCGAGCCGUUUCCAAAGAUAUGA